GCUGAAAUUGCGAUGGAGAGAAAGGCAAGUGCAAGCAGAGAGCAACAUGGGGUUUAUAUAUGAAAGGAAAUUAAGUGUUUGUUUAGUUGAGGAAGCCUGUAAAAAUGCAAAUCAUUUUUCUGAGCGACGAGACGAGUGUAUGGAUUGUACGGUAAGUAGAAGGGGAUGCCUCACUCUCCCCAUGCUUCUACAUUCCCUCACUGGCUCAAGUCGAGGAUGGGAGGAGUUUGACUGCUCCUGCUGCAGCAGAGGGAAGGAGGGAGGGAACACAGAUGCAUCAGUGCCACAGACGAGAGAGGGAGAGAGAGAGAGGCUGCUUUCUGCAUCACACCACUCUAUUCCUCAUUUACAUUCCAGACGGUAGCUCCUCUCUGGAGAGCUCCCUUCUCUGUUUGAAAUGCCAAUCACCACUGGCUGUUCCUUUAUCCUCGAUCAUGCACACUUCCUCAGUGCUGAUGUGAGGGAGGCGAGAACCCGGCACGUGCUGAGGAGAUUCCCUACUUUUUGUCCGACCGACGAAUGAAGUUGCCGCAAAGAUAUCAGAGUCUGGAAUUUGACCUCUCGGAAAUGUAUAGGAAUAAUCAACUUGACUGAUAUUUUGAGGAUUCUCCCCUGCUGUGAUUAUUCGGGACUACUAACUGUUACUCCGCACUGGGACUCCAUUUCCUUUUCUUUUUCCAUGUGCCGCCAACUGCCUGCCCUUCUCAGACACUGCUUUGCAUCUCCCCAGCAAGGUGAGACUGAUAGAGGAGGAGGUGAGUGUACGUCCUGUAGUACUGACGCUUCAUCCAGAGUUUAAGCUUGACCCACUACCUGCUCCCACAGGAGUCACUGUGUGAUCCAGUGUGUUGUUACACUCAGUAAGUGACUCUCCGCAGGAUACCGUCGUCGCAUGUGUGCGAUUUAUUUAAAGGAUUUUUCUGGACCAGCGGCUCAUGUUGCUGCUGAUAUGGCAGGCACCCGGCAUGGGCACAUCCCUCGUAUCUGUUGGGGCAGCUGUGUUUGCUGAGCUAGGCCCUCAAGGAACUAGCACCCUAUUUGUGCACCCAAGCGCACCCUGAACAAAAUGAACGGAACUGAGCUAAACCAAAGCACAGAACCUUUUUGCCUUCUGAACAUUGGCUACUCCGAGAUCUUUAACACCUGCCUGCUGGAAGUAACUGUUAUUCUUUUAUUGACAGUGCUCAUCAUUUCUGGGAACCUGGUGGUUAUUUUUGUGUUCCAUUGUGCCCCUCUGCUCAGCCACCAUACUACUAGCUCCUUUAUCCAGACGAUGGCGUAUGCAGACUUGUUGGUCGGAGUCAGCUGUCUCAUUCCAUCAUUGUCCCUCCUGUACCACCUGGAGGGUUUGAACGAGGAACUCACCUGCAAGGUCUUCAGCUACAUGGUCUGCGUUUUGAAGAGCGUCUCCAUGGCCUCAUUGGCAUGCGUUAGCGUCGACCGUUACGUCGCCAUCACACGACCUCUUUCCUACACAGCUCUGGUCACACCUUGCCGACUCCGCACCUGUAUUACCCUGAUUUGGGUAUAUUCUGCGCUUAUCUUUCUGCCGUCUUUUUUUGAUUGGGGCAAACCGGGAUAUCAUGGUGAUGUAUUCAAGUGGUGCUCCUCCUGGACCACUCAACCCAUGUUUACCGCCUUUAUUGUCGCAGCCCUGUACGCACCUGCUGCGUUUACAGUUUGUUUCACAUACGCUCAUAUUUUUCGCAUCUGUCGGCAACACACUCGGCAAAUCAGUGAGCGGAGAGCUCGCUUUGGUCCGCAUGAGCCUGAGACGGGUGAGCAAGCCUGUACGGACAGACGCUACGCUACCGUUCUCUUCCGCAUCACCAGUGUGUUCUAUUUGCUUUGGCUCCCCUACAUCAUCUACUUUUUAUUGGAGAGUGCUGGGAUAUACCACCAUGCCAUCGCCUCGUUCCUGACCACAUGGCUGGCCAUAAGCAAUAGUUUUUGCAACUGCCUUAUCUACAGCCUGUCCAACAGAGCCUUCCGCAAGGGCCUCAAGCGACUUUGCCUACUUUGUCUGCAACGUAAAGACACCAAGAAGCCCAUUGGAGAUCCACAGGCCCCUCAACGACCUGCCUGCCAUGUGUAGUUCCUUCUGUUGGCUAGUGAUUUAGCAUUAAGGGCAAGUGUUUUGUCAAGUUAAAAUGGAUACUAUAGAUUGGUAUCGGCAUCCGUGCGCCGUCCCAGUUUGUCAGGGCGUUUUGAAUGAGGCAACACCUUAAAGGUUGGUUUGCCUGUACGUAUAGUUGCAGGAUAAGACUAGAGGGAGAAGCCGACCCCUGACCUUGGUAACUGGAGAUGAAGCAGACGGUUUUGUGAAAGUGGGUGGCUCUCAUUGUUACAGAUAUUGGGUGUUUAGAGGGAA